UCGAAGCCGAAGCCCCUCAAUAAAUGCUACCUUAGUCAAGACGAAAAAUACACCACCUACCCCUUCUGCUCUCCUUCCUAACUCAAAAUUCCCAAAAGUCGGCGUGCAGCAAGCCCCCUUCUCUGUUCCAUUUCAACAAUCUCUUCCAUUCCCAGCUUCCAUGGCCCUUUCCAUCAGCCAUUUUACAAGCUGCAAAAUCCUCCCUCGCCUAUCUAGGGACAACCUCUAUCGCCUAUCAUCUUCUUCGUCUUCAAUAACCAUGAAGUCUGCUGUAUCCGACAAACAAUCUUACUGGACGGACAUAAACGCCGACGUCAAGACCUACCUUGAACAUUCCCUCCCCAUUCGUGCCCCAGUAGUGGUCCAUCAGCCAAUGCAUGAUCUGGUGUUUGCUGCGCCCAAGACCAUGGCCUCGGCCCUCUGCAUCGCUGCAUAUGAGCUGGUCGGAGGCCAACGCUCAGAAGCUGUCGUAGCAGCCGCUUGUGCGAUAAAUCUAGUACAUGCGGCGUCGCACACGCAUGCACACCUCCCCAACUUACUAGAACGGACCACUCCGUCGGCAUAUGGAGCCAACAUCGAGCUUCUCACAGGCGACGCUAUCUCACCGUUGGGUUUUGAGUUAUUGGCACGGUCCGAUGUCGAGGGUGGAAAUUCGGAGAGGAUUCUGAGGGUGAUCAUCGAGAUAGCACGUGCAAUGGGUGGACAAGGGGUAGUGCACGGACGGUACAUGCACGUGAAAUGGGCCAAGGGGCAGAAAGGGGAGGAUGGUGUGGAUGUGAUUCAGGAGGUGUGCAAGAAGGAAGCUGCGCUUUAUGCAUGUGGGGCAGCGUGUGGGGCCAUCUUAGGUGGGGCCAGCGAAGAGGAGGUUGAGAAAUUGAGAACGUAUGGGCUUUACAUAGGGAUGAUUUGGGGGAUGAUGUAUGGUGCCGGUAGAGAAGAGAGUGAUAGAUUGAAAAUUGCAAAAGGGUUAGCACCCUUGGCCCUUGAAGAAUUGGAAGGUUUCGAUGGGGAAAAAGUGUCUGAAUUUUCUAGCCUUGUUGGUGUGUGGUUGGGUUUGUCAGAGUGAGGACAUGUUGAUGGAGAGAUUUCAAAUUUUUCUUUAUUAUCAAUGGAUUUGUGGAUUUAAAAUAUAAGAAAGACUUAUGUGUUUUGGCA